AUGAAAUCGGUGCCCCUUGUGACUGCGCUCGCCUUACAGACAUCCUUGCGCGGGGUUGUCGCGAACUCUGCCGAUAGCUGGAUCUCCACGAUCUGGGAUGACUUCAAAGAAGCCGUGGACUGUGCCAGCUGCCAGGUUCUCCUAGGCGGCCUUCAACUAGUCGCCGGCUUUGGCGAAUCGUUCAUGGUGGAUGUUUUGACCGGCGUCUGCGAUAUCAGCGGUGCGGAAGAUUCAGAUGUCUGUGCUGGCGUCAUCGCCAAUGAGGGCCCGGCGGUGUAUUACUCCCUUCAGAAUUUGAAGCUCGGCUCUCACACGGCGAAGACCUUCUGUGCAAGCCUGGUCGGUCUCUGCAACUAUCCUGAUGUGCGCCCCUACACAUUGUCAUUCCCAACGUCUAAACCGCCAACCCAUCGACCUCCACCCAGCGGGCAGCCCGCCAUUAAAGUGGUCCACUUUAGUGACACGCACGUGGACCUUUCAUAUGAAACCGGUUCCAACUAUGACUGUUCGAAGCCAAUCUGCUGCCGAGUCUACAGCGAAGACGAUGCUCCUGGCAAGACCUCCUCGCCAUGUGGGCCGUUUGGGAAUCCCAAAUGUGAUCCUCCACACCGGCUGCAGGAGAGUAUGAUGACUGCCAUCGCCGACCUCAACCCAGCGUUCUCUAUCUACACGGGCGACGUGGUAGCGCAUGAUGUUUGGCUUGUCAACAAGUCGGAAGUCCUUCAGGACUUGAAUGCAACCUACGGCGCAAUGGAGUCUCAUCUUGGCCAAGUCUAUGCAGCCCUGGGCAAUCAUGAUGCGGCACCUCUGAACCUCUUCCCAUCCGACAACAUCCCCAGCGAAUACAAUCCCCAAUGGGCCUACGAUGCCCUGGCAGCCGACUGGAUGGCAUUGACUGGGAUUCCAUCGGUGCAAAAUGCUAAUGAAUAUGGCUCCUACUCCGCUAUCCACCCAGGCAGCAAGCUACGCAUUAUCUCUUACAAUAGUAUCUUCUACUACAAGUACAAUUUCUUCGCCUAUACCGAGCCCAUGGAAUACGACCCAGACAGCCAACUCACUUGGCUAAUUGAAGAACUUCAAGCUGCCGAGACUGCUGGUCAACGUGUCUGGCUCAUCUCUCAUAUUCCCCCUGGCAACGCCGACCAUUUCCGUGACCACUCGCACUAUUUCGACCAGAUCGUACAGCGCUAUGACGCCACUAUCGCUGCUCUCUUCUUCGGCCAUACCCACACCGACGAGUUCCAAAUAGCCUACGCCAACUAUAGUGCCCGUAGCUGGGACUCUGCAACCGCCAUGGGCUACGUCGCGCCCUCCAUGACGCCCACCUCCGGCCCGCCCUCUUUCCGCGUCUACGACAUCGACCCUGUCACUUUCGCCGUCCUCGACUUCACCCAGUACAUCGCCAACAUCACAGAUCCAGCCUUUCAAACUUCCCCCGCCUGGACCCCCUACUACUCCGCCAAAGCGUCCUAUGGGGCCGCGCUCACCCCGCCAGUAACUGACCCUGCUGCCGAGCUUACCCCAGGCUUCUGGCACAACGUCACCGUCGCCAUGCAGCAAGAUGACGCCGUGUUCCAGGCCUUCUGGGCCCGCCGCACGCGCGGCUUCAACGUGCCCGCGUGCACUGAUACCUGCGUCUCGCAGGAGAUAUGUGCCCUGCGUGCCGCAGACGCGCAGUACAACUGUGUCGUGCCGACGCCGGGCUUCAGCUUCUCCAAGCGAGACGGCGUCCCAACGACACGCUUCCAGCCGGAAUGUAACCACGCCGGCAUGGCGCCACUGUUGGCCAAGAUUGCGCGGCGGGCGCACGAGGCGCGGAGCGAGGCUCCCUCGGAGAGAUAG